AUGUCUUGGAUCAAAAAACAAACGUCAGAAGAUAAUUGGGCAGAUCAAGUAGUCGGUGCACCCUUAGUGAGUAAUCCAAUACAAGUACCCGAUCAGAACAACGUGUAUGUUGCACGUUAUGAUACAGAAGGAUUGGUAUAUUUUGGAAAAGCAUGGAAUGAAAGUGGCGUUGUACAGUGUGAAUUCGCUUGUGGAGAAAUGAAGUUGAACAUCGGUAAUAAAAUUCAGAUAUUAACAUACGAUGGGGAUCAUAUCACCAAAGGUUUCUUCUACGAAUGGAUAAAAUUUGCCAGAUGGUUGCAACAUUCGAAUGACGAAUUCCGCGUACCGUUACGUUGUGGUACUUCUAACGGAGUGAUUUUCUGGCCAAAAAAAGCUUUAGGAACGCUCAACAUCGAGAAAAAAACUGCAACAUUUGUAUAUGCUCAGCAAAUUAUUUCACUAACAGAAUCCGAACUCUAUGAUUGCCUUAUUCUUGUCCGCAAUCUCCGCGAUAGGCCACCUCACUGCUGCUGCGAACAAUGCGUGAAAUUAGAUGCACUUGAAAAGGAAGCACACUCAUCAAAUAAUCUAUUAAUGGUCAACGAAUGGGUCGACUAUUGUGUUGGUGAUACAUUUCCUAAAACAAAGCGUUUAAUCAAAGCAUUGGAUCGUCCACUGAAUACAUUGAAUGGCCCACAGGAACAGUAUGUUGCCUUGUGGUAUCAUUUUGGACAAGCAGUAAUGGGACGAGCAUGGAAUGACGCAAAUGGCAAAAUUGCUGCUGCGUUUGUAAGCAGGAAAAUGCCAUUCGUAAGCAACGCUAUUGGUUCGUUACAACUUCUAAUGCAGAUACCGCCAUCUGCAGCUGGUUUCGACUACAUCUGGCAACCAUAUAAUGAAGCGGCAAAGAUCGGCACUAAAGAGUGGAAUCCAGUACAUAUCGGAUUCGCUGCUCCGUGUGUGUUAGUGGUUGAUCAAGAAGGGCACGAAUAUUUAGGAUCAGCUGAUUUAAAAGAAGAAUUUGCGACAACCGUAUUAGAAAACAAAGUUUUAUGUCGCAAAGAUAGAGAUGAUACGCAAGCAAUCUGA